AUGGAGCCACCAGUCGGGCUUUCUCGUGGUGCUGAUGGCGGACAGCAGGCUGAUCUGUCGCACCAAAGCAACAACCAACAGAAGUCCGCCAAACGAGAGCAGCAGGGUCCGAAACCAGCAAGGCACGGAGCGGCUUUUCCGCAGAGAGCCGGGCAGUCUGCUCGUGAGCAAUUUGGUGUCAUGGAUGGAGCAGCAGCGACGUCACUGAGCUCGUUUCUCCAGCAGCAACCAUCCCUCGGGUCCAUUUUAGACCACCUGGGUGGCGGGCUCUCCCAAGUGCCCCUCCGCGGCGGGGGCAAUGCACUCUCGGGUGCACUCGGUCUGCCUGGGAGCUCCUCAGGGCUGGCGAGCGCAACGCGCACUCCCGAAGACAGGCUGACUCCAGGGGGGAUUUUGUCUGGCCAGCAAAGCACAGGACUCACGCUGGAGAACAACUCGCCGGCUCCAGGCACUGCCCCAAGCGUAUCGACGCCCUCACUGCUUCAAUUGUUUCUCCAGCAGCACCUCCAGUUCCCUUGCCUUUCGAAUUCCUCGAACAUGUCCAUGCGAACACCAGGCCCAGCCCAACUUCAAUCACAACAGCAACACCAACAUCAAAACCACCACCAGCAACAGCAUCAGCAACAGCAGCUUCCCGACUUGCAGCAGUUCCAUGACUGCGCGCCGUUCCAGGCGCUGCAGCAGCAACACGACACACAGCAACUGUUUGCAUCGGGCUUGCCCAUGCAAUGGCAACAACAGUUGGCAGCAUCGCAGCAACUCGGCUUGGACAUGAGCCAGAAUCAGCAAGUCUCGUUUCUACGUCCGCAGCAGCAGCAGCAGCAGCGCUCGCAAAAGACACCCCAUCUCUUUGGUGAGGCAAGUGCGAGGAUGCCGGAUGCAGGCCUCAUGCGUGGCCGCAGCGACGCCAACACUGCAGACGGUGGGAGAGGCAGAGUUAGGGUAAAGGGGAGCAGGAACGCGCAACCGUCGUCCACACGUGCAGCGCACAAUGGCGGAUCAGUGUCAUCGUCGACCAGUCAGAGAGGCCAAAGCAUGCAGCGCACCGGGUCGAGUGUGGGGGAUCUGUCAAUUUCUGGGGGAACUGACCUUCUUCAAGCAACUGCGUCGCUCGCGUCGCUAGCGUCGCUGAGUUCCAUGCCGGCGACCAAACCCGAUAACCCGGGGAAGCGAGCAAAACUGACCAACGCGACCGGUGGCAGUGACCCAGGCGAACAAGACGAAGAGCCCAGAAGCCCAGAAACUGAGGAAGAACGACGCAAGCGUCGCCUGGAGAAGAAUCGACAAGCAGCCAAGGCAAGUCGCAUGAAGAAGAAAGCCUAUGUCCACGACCUCGAGGUGCGAGUGAAGCAGCUAGCACAGGCCAAUGCCAGGCUUUCACGCGACAUGAAGCAGCUGCGAGAACAAAAUAGCAAGCUCGAAAAGGAAAACAAAGAGUUGCGGGAACUUGCUGCCCAACAGCACAACAAGGAGGACGACGACGACGUUUCUGGAAAAUGA